AUGGUGGAUGGAUCAGCUAAUAAAUCAUCCCACAGAGAAGGAAAUGAAGCUUCAGAGAUAUAUACAAUCUUUACAUCAAGACCUACAAGUGGCUCAUCAGAGCAAAGUGAUGAUAGUAAUGAUAUUAUGAGCAGCAAAUUAGCAGAGAUGAGACAAGAACAGAAAAAGUUAAAUCAGAUCAUUACUGACCUUAGAGCUAAAGUGUCUGAUAAUGACUUGCACAUAGCCAAACUAGUGAAGGAAAGACAAGAAACAGUCCCCAAGAUUGGAGUACAAGAGGAAAGCUUACUGCCCUCUGAGACAGUAGAAGCAGCAGUGGUUGCUCUUGUAGGAGGACAGUUUGUCUUUCCAAAAAAUACAGUACUAGUGAGUGCUGUUUAUGCUGUUUCAGUAUCCAAGUCUCUCCUCAAGCCAUUGCGACUAGAAAUUGAGCACUGCAUUGAUCUGAAGGGACAACAAGGUCUUACACGAUUUUUAAAGUUUGCUAUAGCUCCUGUGAGCACACCCAGUCUUCCUUACCAGUUCUCAAUAGUUGAGGGAGGAGAGUUUAGCUCUAAUAGUGGAUAUGGAUCCAUUGAGCGUACAAAGUUCUGUUUGGUGUGUAUAGUUGGAUUGAUUAUGGUGACCAUUGGUGGUGGUCCAACUGGAGGAGGUGGAGCAGGUCAGCAGCAACAACAAUUAGUCCAGCAUCAAGUAGCAGGAGGACAGGACCAUCAGCAACAAGCAGCAGGGGGACAGGACCAACAGCAACAAUUAGCAGGGGGACAGGACCAGCAACAAGCAGCAGGGGGACAGGACCAGCAACAAGCAGCAGGGGGACAGGACCAGCAGCAACAAGCAGCAGGGGGACAGGACCAGCAACAAGCAGCAGGGGGACAGGACCAGCUGCAACAAGCAGCAGGGGGACAGGACCAGCAGCAACAAGCAGCAGGGGGACAGGACCAGCAGCAACAAGUACUGAAAGUUAAGCAACUGCUACCUGAAGAAGCUACUUUUGUGCCUGAUACUGCUUCUAGCUCCACUGGCAAAGAAGUUUCUACUGGUGUACUAGAAGCAGCAGCAUAUGCUGGACUGUUCUUUUAUAAUGACUAUGAAAACCUAGUCACGUUCACUGCAGCUAAAGAUUUGAAUGCUCUUCUUGAGUUUAUUAAGAAAGACUAUCCUCAUGCUAGGAGAGGACAAAAUAUUUAUUUUCGGUUUCAAUCAGAUGAUGGUUACAUUGAAUUGAUUUUUAAUGAUCCACAGAAGAAGCAAUUCACUGAUGGAUGGACUGUAAUGCCUCACUUUAUGCCUUGUAGACUGAAUCGUUUUGACAUUAAGUGUUUUGGUGAGGCUAAUUAUCCUCUUCCUCCAUCUUGUCUAAUAUCAGUCUAUGCAUCAUCUGGUGCUGUUCCUACACUACAUUACUCUGUACCACUGGAUGGAGUGGCUGAUCCUAAGACAUUAUUUAUUACUAGAGCACUAAAAACUACUCCUCCUUCAACAAAUCAUCAUCCUACUACCUCCUCCUCUAAUGUAGUGCAUGAAUCAACAUCAGUACCUGAAGCUAGUACAUUUAGAUCUGAUCUUGCUUAUACAGUAAUGACAGAAUGUACUGGAAUGAUAAAGGAGAGGCUUGAUCUAAAUACAUUAGUAGAUAAGCUACUUGAGAAGAGGAUGAUAAACGAACGAGAGAAAACUAAAGUUCUUGAUGAAAGACGUGGACUAACUGCUAAUCAAAGAAUGGACGAGCUGCUUAGUUUAGUUAAAGCAUCCAUUAGAGAGGAUGGAGAAGAUUUUGGUUUGUUUCUAGAAAUAAUUAAACAAGAGAAUACAAGAAGAGCUGAUAGACUAGCACAGACACUAUUAGACAAUUAUAAAAGAUUAUUAUAAUUGAUUACUUUCUAAUUUAUAUGUU